AUGCCGUCUAUCCCACCAUCUCCCCUGAGAAUCUCUCACCGCCACACUCAAAGUCAAACUUCCAGCGUCGAUUUCGAUCCCAUGUCCCCCGCUACCUAUGGCCUUAAUGGUUUCUCUCAAUCUCCUCCAAGAUCGCUCCGGACACCUCGCUCAUCGACCCCUCCAUCGCCGGGAGCCCACCAGCAACACAACGCGCAGAGCAUGAAUGGAUACAAUAGAAUGUCGGGCGACUUUACUGAGGAUGCAGGGGCCGGUGGUGGCCUAGGGAACCUUGCAGACGAGCUUGCAGAUGCGUGGGAAGAGGAAGAAGGUGGUUACGGAUAUGCAUCUGGACAGGAGGCUGGCCCGGCGGACCCCCAAAACAUUGACGAUAGCGAAGGAGAAGAAGGCUACGACAUGGGCGCGAGAACACCAUCGUCAGGGUACUCACCCGAGCGUAAUUCUCUUCAUCCUCCAAAGCAGAAGAAUCGGAAUAGUGCUCAACGACACCGGCGACACGAGUCGCAGUACGACGGUUCAGACUACGGAAACGACUCGGAUUUCGAGGAAGCUGCAGACAUAUCGCCUAGUCUUGAGGGUCAGAUGGCUGAGAUUGAGAGCCUGGCCCGGCGAGGCAUGGAGAACAAUGGCAGCGAGCAAGACCAUGUCAUUUCGCGGGCGGUCGAGGCCCUUCGCGAUCUUGGUGGGCAAAGUGGAAUCGAGAACAAUGCAAUGAGACUUAUUACCGCACACACCUCUGUCACAUCACAUCUCACUCAUCAAACCCGUACACUUCAAACGCUUACCCAUCCUCUUCUCUUCUCUCCCUUUCCACUUCUGUCAACAGACGCCAUCGACGACCUCAUCCCUCUCAUCGAUGAAGGUCUCUUGCCAAAUCUUCCGUUCCCCUUUCCGGGCCAGCCACGUCACUCAUCCAGACCCACAACCCCCUCACAAUCGCCUUCCCUCAACCCACUGGUCUCUCUUCAAACCCUGGUCGCCCAAACUUCCGACAUCACCCAUUCUCUACGCGGCCUAAGUGACACACUGUAUGAAUCACGUCAAUUGACAUCGACUGCCUCGCGGCGAUUACGGUCCGCGCGGGAAUUGGUCGCAGACUUGCGCCGCGAUGAAGAAGGCCUCGAGGAAGGCACCCGAUGGAUCGAGAAGGGAGACUGGGAUCGUCGACUGAAGGAGCGAGAAGCCGGCAAGGUCUGCGGAGACGUCGUCAGUGGUUUUGAGGCUGUCUGCGGAGAGUGGAGGGAGAAGCUCUUCGGCGCUGCUGGAGCAGAAGUCGCCGCUGCUUGA